GAUAUGAGAGGUCGGUGGGUCACUAAAAAUGUAUUUUCACAGUAUAUUUUAGUUGCUCGUCAUGGUUUUUGCUCUUUGUCUUUACGAAUUAUAAAUUAUGGCUUUUUAUAGAUACGUGUUACAAAGUUAAUAAUAAUAAAAACAGAGCAAAUUCCAUGUCAAACAAAUUUUUAUAACGGAAAUUAUGCAAGAAUAAGCAAAUUAAUUAUGCUUGUAUAUAGUGGCUGUGGUUGCUAAGCUAGUCAUAAUUCCCUUAGCUAACAUAUAUUUCUAAAGCUAUGCUGAAACUGACUGACAGUUUUUACAGAUACUUGAAAAUCACAUGUGAAACCGUAAGUUGUAGGACACAUGUGAGAAAGAUCACAUAUCUGAGUGUUACCAGGAAGAAAUGCAGUGUGGAGGGUGGCAUAUGUACAUUGUUCUCAAGCUCCUGCACUCCAGCUCAGUUACGGUUGUACUCAAACAAGAAGAAGUUAAAUUUACAAAUACCAUUUUCAAGUUCAAAUGAAUCUGAAAUACUCGAGCAAAUGAGUGAGUUACAACCCAAUCAGAAGCAUGUUAGCCAAGGGGGGCGAUUUCUUGUUUCACCAGACAACAAUAGUGUUAAUGAUGAUUGCGAGACCAAGUUUGGGGCUAACUCCUCAAGUAAUGCCAGGAAACGCAUCACCGUACCACCAGACUUCCGUGUCUGGGAGCCAGUAGGGAAAAGAAGUGAUAAAUCUGCAGGUUCUUCGUUUAAAUUCAAAGUAAUGUCGUACAAUGUGUUAGCGCAGUAUUUAUUGGAAUGCCAUCCGUAUCUAUACACGGACUGUUCCCCCAGGAACUUGAAGUGGAAAGUCAGAGCGGCACGCCUUUACGAUGAAAUCAACAGUUUGGCGCCUGAUAUAAUUUGCCUACAAGAAGUGCAAGCGUCGCAUCUUAAGAACUUCUACAACAAAUUCGAAGAGAUCGGUUACACCGGUAUAUUUAAACAGAAAACUGGCAACAGAAAGGACGGCUGCGCCAUAUACUACAAGCAGAGUAUGUUCGAGAAAGAGGAGCACAUCAGUGUGGAGUUUAACCAACCGGAGCUGCCCAUCCUCAACCGGGAUAACAUCGGUGUGAUGGUGAAACUGGUGCCCCGUUGCAUGCCCCGGAUGCCAAUAGUGGUGGCCACCACCCACCUGCUGUACAACCCUAAGAGGACCGACGUUAGAUUAGCACAGAUACAGGUGUUCCUCGCCGAAUUGGACCGGUUCGCUUAUUACAACAAUGGAAAAGAGUCGGGUCACUUACCCAUAAUCAUGACGGGGGAUUUGAAUUCUACGCCGAACAGUGCCGUUAUAAAAUUAUUGGACAAAGGUCACGUCAGUGCGAGCAAGUUCAGAGACAGUUCGGACUGGCAACGCAUCGGCGUGACGGACAACUGCCAACAUUUGUCUGUGUACUUGGACCGGUUACAGGGCAAAACUACGGAAUUCAGCACCACACAGAUAUACAAUUCGGAGUACCGUCCAGCCGCGUCGGAGGGCCAGAGCCCGCCUGCUCUCCGCGAAGGUCACAGAGAGCUGUUCAACGGCAACCUGAUCGGCCACUCGCUCAACCUCGUCUCCGCCUAUAAAAAAUACAAGCCGGACGCACAGUGUGAGGCGUCCACCUUCCAAGACAGUUGGGUCACCGUCGACUACAUAUACUUCAGCUGCUGUGCCUCGCUGAAGCUGUUGGAACGUCUCCGUCUACCGACGGCGUCUGAAUGCGAAGUGCUUGAUUGCUUACCGAACGACGUCUACGCGUCCGACCACCUCGCGUUAGCAGCACUCUUUGAAUUAAGACCCCUCAUAUCGUCGUUAUAAUAUCAGAAGCCCUAACAUCUGCGCAGACGACGGACAGUACCAGGUACACUCUAGUUGUUUUAAUGUCUCUGACAGAGGACAUUUUGUCCGCGUGCAUAAUAAUACAUUUUUAUGCAAAAUCCUAUAAUUGUAUAAUAUAUGGCAAUGAUGAAUAGUUAAUUAGGAGUGGUCUACACUAUGGUAUAUCGAGAUUGUGCCAGUAGUUCAGUCAAUUUUAGUUAAUUUUGUGUACACUUCUGCUCCGGUCCUAAGGACGAGUUCAGACAAGCGUGAUAUGUAAUGUUAUGCAUCGUGUAAUGUAACGCAAAUAGUGUUUUUUUAAUGGAUGAAAUGGAAUGGUAACCUCGCCUACGCUAUCGGUAUACACCGGCGGGGCACCAAUGAGGGAUGAUAGGUGAAGAUUAAGCAGGUCAGAUAGCCCACCGUGACAAAUAUGUCAAUAAAUCAAUCACGAUGGUUUCCAGGGAGAACAACGAGGAGGUCGACCUAACAGGGUAUAUUGCUAGCUUACUAACAAUCCCUUCUCCCUUCUAACUCAAAAAGUUUUUACGUGUAAUGUGAACGGUUUUAAGUUUACUUAAAUCAUGUCGAUACGAAUGUUACAUGCAACGCUCGCGCUUGUCGUCUCUACGUAAAAUGCGCGUUAUGUUACACAGUAUGUUACAUGCUACACGUCUGUAGGCGGUCUGAAAUGAUUGUAAUAACUGGCUGAAAUUAUAAACAGUGCUCCAAUCUUGAUAUACAUUUAUAUUCAAUUCAUAGAACUCUUUUCUAGUGAUGUGCCUGAAAAGUAAGUCUUAGUAGUAAAUAAAGGACCGCUUGCCAUUUGUUAAACAAAUUAUUGUUGAUUGAUACUAAAAAAAAAAAAACAAUUUUAAUUGACAAGUAGUUAAUUCGGAUUAAUAGUUUAUAAAUUCUAGUAUUAUUAUUACAAAAAUAAAAUGGGAUGUAAUAUAAUUGGAUUCUUUGAGUACAAAUGUUUAAAAAUCGUUAGUUUUACGCGUAUGGGCUGGUUUUUUAUUUAGACAAAUCGUAUAUAUUGGGACAGCAAGGUCGAUACUGAAAUGCGCUUUAAAAUACUCUCUUAAUACUAAAAAAUCGUUACUUCUUUUAUGCAUUUUACAUUUUCUUUUAUUUGUUUAUGUAUUCUUUUAUCUCUUUCUAUUGUAUAUCUAUGUCUGUUGCAAUUUGCAUGCUGUAAUAUAAAUAAAUUAUAUAUCUAUCUAUCUAAAUACAUUUAUUAGACUUAUGUUGACUAAUUAAGGAAUUUUAAAAGCAAUCCCAAUAUAUCACGAAUUGCCUAAUUUAAAAAACACGACGUUCGCUUGCAUUAGAUUAUAAGAUUACAUAUAUAAUAUUAUUAGUAUUCUAAAACCAGUCUAUAAACACAUUUUUUUUUUAUCUAGUGAACAUUAUACUCUGCAUUAGUUUAUAUAAAGUUUAGUUUUGUUUGAAAGCAAAAAGAACUACGCGCACGCCUUUACAUGCGGCCCGUGAGGACUUUUGCUUCUAAUAUAUACACAUCAUAUAAAUUAUCAUCACAUUUUUACACCAUCCUUUUAACAUGUUUGUGUAGGUGUAUGUUUAAUUUGCUAAGUGUUAGAAUAUGAUGAAUGUAUCAUCACACCAGCUCGUGGUAUUUAACCAGUUCACCACUAUUAGAGUCGUUUUAGUUGUUUAGGUAACAUAUUUAAUGGUGUUAGGUACAAUUUCAGUCAAUUCCAGACCAGCGAUGCCAGUUCUUCUGUUAACAAGUUAAUUACUCUCUUUCCGCAACCUCUGAUCUAAUCUCUAUAUAUUUGUGCUCUAAAUAAUCUAUUAACACUUCCUUACUUCACUGAUCACUGUUUUGGUAAUAACACACGUCAUAACAUGUAACAUAACAUAUCGUGUAAUGUAACACUAAUAGUGUGCACGAGCAGGUAUUCGUUGGUACCUGUUUUCUUUUUACACCCUGAUGCUCGAUGCCUGGUAUGUUGGCACGAACUUAACAGUAGUGCUGUCCGUAUGUGGAUCCUUAUUUCGUUACACGAUACUAACGCAUGAGUCUACAGGCCUUUAAACUUUAAUAUGAAUAAUAUAAUUCCAUGGUAUCAUACUUUAAUUUGGCUUCUGUCAAAUCAAAUAGUUAAUUGAUUUUUGUACGUCAUUGCAGACACACUGGUUACUGGAUUGGUCUUAUUUUAACUUCGCCUAUAUACUGCCAUUGUUGUAGUUGAAUCAUAAAAUGUACCAUUUUAAUAAACAGCAUUUGUUUAUAAUUUCCCGCUCGUAAAAUCAAUAAUGUAUAAUUUGAGUUACAUUAUUUUUUUAUCUUUUACAAAGAUUUAUUAUGUACAUUUUAAAUUAAUUGUUAAUUUGUUGUAUUCCGCCUCGUGGAAUUAAAAUAAUACGUUAGUAACUAACAUUUGUUAUCUUUUAUCGUUUUUAACAUUUAUAUGUAUUUGUUUUUCUUCAUCAUCACUAUCAUCAUCAGCCAUUAACUGUCCACUGCUGAACAUAAGCUUCCCCUAUACGGAGGGGCUUUGCCAGUAGUUGCCACGCUUGGCAGGCGGGUUGGCAAUCGCAGUUAGGCUUUGGUGACGUUCUGAGAGGGAUGCUACUGCCCAUCCCUCGACCAUUCACGAAUCCCACGGGAAAGGAAGGGGCACAGGGCAUUUGUUUUUCUUGAAGUACGUUAUUUUUUUAUAAUUUACAAAAUCUUUUAACAUCUGUGUCUGUGUUAAUUUAUUGAAUUCUACCAUUGUAUAAGCUUUACCGUGACACGUUUCUAUGGAGAGUCGGUUAUUUUUUUUAUAAUUUACAUAAGUUUUUAAUUCCUGUGUCUGUGUUAAUUUAUUGAAUCCUACCAUUUUACAAGCAUUACCAUGAGACGUGUCUAUGGAAAGUUGAUUAUUUUUUAUAUUUUACAAAAGUUUUUAACUCCUAUGUCUGUGUUAACUUAUUGAAUUCUACCAUUUCACAAGCAUUACCAUGAGACGUGUCUAUGGAAAGUUGAUUAUUUUUUAUAUUUUACAAAAGUUUUUAACUCCUAUGUCUGUGUUAACUUAUUGAAUUCUACCAUUUCACAAGCAUUAUUACCAUGAAAUGUGUCUAUGGAAAGUCGGUUAUUUUUUUUAUAAUUUACAAAAGUUUUUAACUCCUGUGUCUGUGUUAAUUUAUUGAAUCCUACCAUUUCACAAGCAUUACCAUGACACUUGUCUUGUGGCCUUGUACAAUUUGUCCCAUAACGUGUACACAAGUCUCAUUAUACAUUAUAAAAACAAAAGAAAUAUUUCUUGUCAUCAAUAUUUAUUGUAAAAUUUCAAAAUGGGAGAUGGUUUUAUUUUAUGAAUAUUAAAAUGUGAGAAUAUUGAUUCUCUAAUUCAUAAUAAUUCUUGUGUAAUUAAUUAAUAAAUUUUACAAGUUUACAUAUAUAUAUAUAUAUAUAUAUAUAUAUAUAUAUAUAUAUAUAUAUAUAUAUAUAUAAAUAUAUAUAUAUAUUUUAGUAAAUAAUGUCAAAUUACCAGUAAACUUGUUUUAGCUUGAGGUGUUUAGUUCUUAGUUUAAAUGUUUUUUUUUUAUAUAAUUCCGAAUAUAUUAUGUGAUUUUUACUAUUCUAUAAUACAAUGUUAAAAUAAUAGUAUGUUAAAUAAUAUUGUUACAAAAAUAUGGAAAUUUUACUAAAGAUAAUAUAUAUUCUUUUUAACUGAUUAUUUAUAAGUAUACAUACCCCAUAAAAAAAAUAACAUCACAAUAGUCAGGUCUCAAAAUUUUAUUAUAUAUAUAUUAAAUUAUUAUCAAUUAAUCAAAUGAGUAUUAAUGAUACUGCAAAUGGAUUAAAGUUGUAUAAACUGAACUGUCCACUGCUUCCAUAAGAGGUGCUUUGCCAGUAGUUGCUACGCUUGGCAGGCGGGUUGGCAACUGCAGUUAGGCUUUGAAGACGUUUAAAGAGGGAUACUACUGCCCAUCCCUCGACUAUUAAGCUCUCUUAAUCACCUCCUACACACGCUCAGACAUGGAAGCGGUGGCCUAUUCUAUUCUAUUCUAUGCCGGGACUACACGGCUUAUAUGCAUACUGUUUUUUAUUUAUUGUAUAUGUGUAAUUUUAAAAAUUAAAAAUUGAUUAAAAUUUUUACUUUUUUGGACAAAGUUUUGAUUUUGAAGUGAUGAUCAUUGGGUUUCGACUGGAUACACUGAGCGCUAGGUACUGUUUUUAUCACUCUCGAAACAGGAACCACUGUAGCAGUUGUAUGAUCCCGUCACUAUCGUCCCCAAGUGUGUACAGUUAGGGUCAUAAUGUGACCAUGAGCUGUUCGAAACUUGUUCUUUUGUUAAUUUCCACUAGUAAUUUGAUUUUUAUUGUAUCUAUUCUUUUAAAUAAAUUAUAAACAUUUUA